GGUGCGCGGACCUCGCGAUAGUGUUUGCAGCAGCAAUGCGAGCAGUGACGCCAGUUGUAAAGGUUACUUCAUACACGCUUAUGGGCCACUUGAAGACGCACUGCAGAGGUAGGGAGAGAUCAUGAUAAACAUGUAAAAAUUUAAAUAAAUACAGAAAGAAAGGAAAAGUCAGAGUUAGACUGUGUGGUUGGACGAUGACAGAGCUGGGGAUUUUAAUGCAAUUCCGUGUCGUCGUCGCCUGUGUGAGCCUUCUUUCCCGAUGUGGAAAGUGGCUUGAUGAGUGUCCAAAGUAGCAGCGGCAGCAGUGGAAGUUUGGAGGGACCGCCAUCUUGGUCCCAGUUCUCAUCUCAAGCACCGGGCUUGGUUUCUCAACAAAAUAUCUCUGCACCGGUGAAGGCCAGAGAAGGUGGGAUGGAGGAGCUGCAGUCUCUGGACCCGCGGAGGCAGGAACUGCUGGAGGCGCGCUUCAUGGGAGCGGCAGGAGGAGGCAGCACAGGGGGCAGCACAGGCAGUGCCAGCGGGGGCGCAAAAGGCUUGACUAACAAUGAAUGCUCCAAUCACAGCUUUGGCAGUUUGGGCUCAUCCAGCGACAAAGAGUCAGAGAACUCUGACAUGAAGCGGGGCGGCUCACCCGCAUAUUCGACUCCCGAAAAGAAGCACUCGGAAUCCUCCAGAGGCCGGAAGAGGAAAGCUGCCGACAACCAAUCAGAGAGCAACCAAGGGAAGUCGUCUGCAAGAGGAGGGCCGAAAAUCAGCGACUAUUUUGAUUUUCAGGGGGGAAAUGGCUCUAGUCCGGUGAGAGGUCUUCCCCCAGUACUCCGCUCCCCUCUGAACUCACAUUCCCACUCAGCACCUGGCUCCAUUAUCAGACAGAAUAGCUCCUCCCCAACCAGCCUUUGCUCUGCGGACCACAUGAUGCACCCUAAACAGCUCAGCAGCAGGAGCAUGCAGACUGACCUGACUCUGCUGAAGCUGGCAGCUCUUGAGAGCAACAAGAAUCAGGACCUGGAGAAGAAGGAGGGGAGGAUAGACGAUCUGCUCAGGGCAAACUGUGACCUCAGGAGACAGAUAGACGAGCAGCAGAAGCUCCUGGAAAAGUACAAGGAGCGCCUGAACAAGUGCAUCACCAUGAGCAAGAAACUGCUCAUCGAGAAGAGCACACAGGAGAAGCAGUCGUGUCGGGAGAAGAGCAUGCAGGACCGACUGCGUCUGGGCCACUUCACCACCGUCAGACACGGAGCCUCCUACACAGAGCAGUGGACUGACGGCUACGCCUUCCAGAACCUCGUCAAGCAGCAGGAGUGGGUGAACCAGCAGAGGGAGGACAUUGAGAGGCAGAGGAAGCUGCUGGCCAAGCGCAAGCCUCCCAGCUCCAACCCCUCCCAGAGCCCCUCCCCCAACAGCGAGGCCAAGCAGAGGAAAACCAAAGCAGUCAACGGAGCCGACAACGACCCCUUCCUCAAACCCAGCCUGCCCACGCUGCUGACUCUAGCAGAAUAUCAUGAGCAAGAGGAGAUCUUCAAACUGAGGCUCGGCCAUCUCAAGAAGGAGGAGGCUGAGAUCCAGGUGGAACUUGAACGACUGGAGCGUGUGCGGAACCUCCACAUUCGAGAGCUGAAGAGGAUCAACAAUGAAGACAGCUCUCAGUUCAAAGACCAUCCCACUCUGAAUGAGCGCUACCUGCUGCUGCACUUGCUAGGCCGAGGAGGCUUCAGUGAAGUUUACAAGGCGUUUGACUUGUUUGAGCAGCGCUACGCUGCAGUCAAAAUCCACCAGCUCAACAAGAACUGGAGGGAGGAGAAAAAGGAGAACUACCACAAACAUGCCUGUCGAGAAUACAGGAUCCACAAGCAACUGGACCAUCCCAGAAUAGUCAAAUUGUAUGACUAUUUUUCCUUGGACACAGACACGUUCUGCACGGUUCUUGAGUUCUGCGAGGGGAACGAUCUGGACUUCUACCUGAAGCAGCACAAGCUGAUGUCUGAGAAGGAGGCGCGCUCCAUCAUCAUGCAGAUCGUCAACGCGCUCAAGUACCUCAACGAGAUCAAACCGCCCAUCAUCCACUAUGACCUUAAGCCAGGCAACAUACUGUUGGUGGAUGGGACAGCCUGUGGUGAGAUUAAGAUCACAGACUUUGGCCUGUCCAAGAUCAUGGAUGACGACAACUAUGGCGUGGAUGGGAUGGACCUCACUUCACAAGGGGCCGGAACUUACUGGUACCUGCCUCCAGAGUGCUUUGUCGUGGGAAAAGAACCUCCAAAGAUCUCCAAUAAAGUAGACGUUUGGUCUGUGGGAGUCAUAUUCUUCCAGUGUCUGUACGGCCGCAAGCCGUUUGGACACAACCAGUCUCAGCAGGACAUCCUUCAGGAGAACACCAUCCUCAAAGCCACUGAGGUGCAGUUCCCUGUCAAACCCGUCGCCAGCAACGAGGCCAAGGCGUUUAUCCGGCGCUGCCUGGCCUACAGGAAAGAGGACCGCUUUGACGUGCAGCAGCUGUGCAGUGACUCGUACCUGCUGCCUCACAUGCGGCGCUCCAAUUCGUCGGGCAACCUGCAAGCCCCGCCCUCUAGCCCAGCCUCCUCAGGCAUCAUCUCCUACUGAGCAACCACCGGAUUGGCUGAUCGACCUGACUGACACGUCAUCUGUCUAACCAUGCUCCUGCCCUGUCCCUGAGAUGUGAUGCGAUUUGAUGUCUGAUAGAGGGAGGGGAGGGGAGCUGGCCACUUGGCAGGAACUCAGAAAGGAUAACACUCUCACCCACUCGCGGUCACCUGACCAGCCAUGGCCGCUGUUGUUUUUGUUUUGUUUUUGUCAAGUUGCACUCUGUUGCUGGCUGUGGCGUGGGGGCGGAGAGCAGGAAUGAGCGUUUCUCAUGCUGAGGUGGACUUAGGAGAUCGCCCCUCACGUCAGCGGGUGUGGCGGUCACGUGUCGGCACGACUGGAAUGCUAUUGCCAUGGUUACAGCUGCCGUGGCAGCAGUGAGAAGCUUUAAUGCUGGGAUUCAGAGGCACUACCGCAUGCGGCUCCCUGACGAGGUGUGUGAGUGUGUGUGUCUUUGUACGCAUGAAAGACCUGCAAGUGUGCCAUCCCUAACUGCAGCGCACUGCAGAACACAACCUAACCAAAUGUGGGGUAUGGCACGCCUGUGCUCUCCAUGAAUGUGUGUGUGUGUUUGUGAGGAAGGGUGUCACAGUGAGUGUUGGUGCAGGACUGUUGAAAUUUGGAUCUCUCUUUUGUGUAAGUGACGAGUGUGUGUGUCAGCAGAAUUAAACAGUGCAGGACUAACACACCCAUAUUUUUUUCCUCUCUCUCUCUUGAAUUUUUUUAUUGUUCUUUCCAGAAAUGGUUUGAUGUUUUGCUGCUAUUUUAUGUUGCUUUUAAUUUGAAUUCAGAAGCUGUCCAAGCUUCAGGUACAAGCUGUACAGUUUGUUUAAAAAAAAAAAAAAAAAAAAAAUGUUCAAUUUAAUUAUUUCAAUUACUAGAUCACAGCAUGCAGAGGAAAACGCUGAAGUGUGUGUGUGUGGGGUGAGAGUAUGUCAGUGUAUUGUCCAUGUGUGUGUAUGUAGUAUUUUCCUUUUUUGUUUUUGGAUACGAGUUCUGAUUGAACAGCUGGUGGGCCGGACCCUGCCCCAGUAAUCGUGCCGCCACAGCUUCCACACACUCGGAUACGCUCUCUUCAUGCUCAUGUUGCUAGGCAGCCUUUGCCACCCCCUGCCACACACACACACACACACACACCCCAACCCCCCUUGCAGCUAGGACUGGAACCAAUGCAAAGGCUGCCUAAACAGCCAGCCACCACACCCCACCCCACAAACAUGUGGAAGGACAGAUGAAAGAAUGACAAGAUGACUGGAUGACCGAUACGUGAACGAGUGAGUGAAUGGAUGGAUGAAUGAGGCAAUGUAUGUGGGUGGACGAAAGGCUGAAGUGGGGAGAGCGGGAAAAAGGAUGAAUGAAUCAAUAAAUUGCUGAGUGGAUGUAUUUGUUUAAAGGGAUAACGUUCCAGUGGUGUUCCUGGUGAGAACGUGAGGGGUCUGCCUGUGUUCAUUUUUUUUCUCCUCCCCUCAUGAUUUUUGGUUUCAUGCUCUGGCAGAUUGCAGACCCCCCUGUGUUGUACCCCCGCUCCCGUUCAGAAACAGUUGGACUGUCUAAAAUGCUGCUGGAAUUGUAGAGAAUGUAGCCAAAAAACAGUAAUAAACGUCAAAAAAGGCUAAAACA